CACUACCUUUUUCCCCUCUUCACACUACACACUAAUAAGGGUGUAUCAUAUUGCUAGCUAGUUCUAUAGAUUCUAAACUUUAAUUUCUUUGUAUAAUUUCUCAAUGGAUGAGAAGUGGAAGCUAUCAUCAUCAAAGAAGGAAACUGGUUCAAGCAGCAGCAACAACAGCAGCAACACCAACAAGUCAUUGUUCUCAAGGAGUUGCUCAACAAGAGGAUCUUCUUCUUCAAACUCCCCUCUAUUGAGGAGAAGUUCCUCCACAUCAAAGUGCAAUAGUAACAAUCUUAAUAAUCUCCAUAGGAGCUUCUCGCAGAAGAAUAAUAGUAACAGUAACAGUAACAACCCUUCUAUUGGAAGGAAAUGCACCAAGAUAGCUAAGGAACAAAAGGCAAGAUUUUACAUCAUGAGAAGGUGUGUGGCCAUGUUAGUUUGCUGGCACAAGCAUGGUGAUUCUUGAAGAAAGAAACAAGAAGAAGAAGAAGAAGAAGCUAAGUCUAUUUUCCACAGAGAUCCCUUGUUCAGAUUUUAUGGGUUGAGUUUGCAAUUUGGACAAGUUUCUUUUUUUAACUAUCUCAACUACUA